UCCAAACCCUAGGAGCAAAACACAAACCAAGGUCCUCAUCGGGUCCGGGUGCACUUUAGACUCGGUGGGAACGCAGAGCUGCGGGAAAUUUCAGGAAAUUACAGACAUGAAUCAUCCAGAAAGGCUCCAAUACAGACAACAAGAGCCAGCUAACAAGAGCCAGCAGCAGGGGAGGGAGUCAGAACUGGACUCUGGAUCCUCAGAACUGAGAAUUCUCCUCUUGGGGAAACAUGGUGCAGGGAAGAGCGCAACAGGAAAUAGCAUCCUGGGGAAGCAAGUGUUUGAGACCAAAUUCAGUGACUUUCCAGUAACCAAAACUUGCAAGAAAGAAAGUGGAACUGUGGGAAAGAGGAAAGUCGUGGUCAUUGAUACCCCUGAUCUUUUCUCCUCAAAGAUCUCUGCUGGAGACAGGGAACAAGAGGUCAGGCACUGCAUCACCCUCUGUUCCCCUGGCCCCCAUAUCCUGCUCUUGGUGACCCCUCUUGGCUAUCACACAGUGGACGAUCAAGAGAUAGUGAAGGGCAUUCAGGAGAUGUUUGGAGCUGAAGCCAUGAAGCACAUGUUACUUCUCUUCACAAGGAAAGAAGAUCUGGGAGAUGACUCACUUUCAGAAUAUGUUAAAGAAACUGAUAAUAAGUACCUCAAGGAACUGGUUCAGAAUUGUAGGGGUCGGUACUGUGCUUUCAACAAUAGAGUAUGUGGGGAAGAACAGGAUACUCAGAUUCAGGGUCUCCUUGAACAGAUUGAACUAUUAAUGAAGGAGAAAGGUCAGGGCUAUGCUGAAUUUCAUGUGAACAGAGAUGUCCUGAGUCUUAUCCUUGUAGGGAAAAGUGGGACUGGGAAGAGCUCAACUGGGAACACCAUCCUGGGGCGGCAUGAAUUUAAAGCCAAACUGUCAGCAAAAACAGUCACUGAGACCUGUCAGAACGGGUUCAGGACCUGGAAAGGGAAGAAUAUUGUAGUUGUUGAUACUCCAACCUUUGACCUUAACCUGGCUAGUGAAGAUGAUCUUUUUAAACAAGGGGAAGAAGCCUUUCGUAGCCUUUGCCUCUCUCCAGGAGUCAAAGUUUUCGUCCUGGUGAUUCAGCUGGGCCGAUUCACUCAAGAAGAUGAGAAGAGCGUUAGGGAACUAGAAAUCAUAUUUGGAGAAGAGAUCACUGAGUAUAUGAUUGUACUCUUCACCAGGAAAGAAGAUCUAGGUACUGGGACACUGGAGAAUUACAUCAAGGCUUCAGAUAGUCAAUUUCUUAAGAAGCUAAUUAAUCGGUGUGGAGAAAGAUUUUAUGCUUUUAACAACAAAGAAAGUGGUCUGGCCCAGGAAAAGCAGGUGAAUGAGCUUUUGGAAAUGGUGGAUAAACUGGUUCAGAGGCAUGGAGGCCAAGGCUACCCUUUUAGUGUUGAUCUUGAGACUUAUAUCAGCAGGAUUAAAGAUUCCCGGAAGAAAAGUUUGUUUGGCAUAAUAUGGGAUCGGAGACCCAAGAUAACUUUCCCUUUUCUAUAAUCCAAUUGGAUCUGGCUAUGCCUGAUGACCCAUAAAAGUAUGGAGUGACUCAGGACAUGUGGUGAGGGUAUUCUUCAGGACAGUCACUUAGAUGUAUGUAUUGGUUAAUUAUAGUGCCAGGGUGUGGCUAGAAGCAGAUUGUAAAUAGAGGGCAAGAAAUUGAGAAAAAGUUUUAAGGUAGCAGGAUGAAGGUCAAAACAAUGUUAUGAGUUGCAGUCUGGACAUACAUGAAAUUAUAAGUGGCAAGGCAGUAAUCACCGGAAAAGGACCCAUGCGUCAGAAAGCAGACCAAGGAGGGAGCAACCCAAAGUCCAGGGAGCCAAUCAAGAAGGAAGAGCUAGACAGGGGUUUUCAGGGCAAGGGAAAGUGAGCAGAGGGACAGAUCUAUAAUGAAGAAAUACUUUGAUUUUAAAUGCUAUGUUUUUUCUUCAAGUGGAGACCUGUUCUAUGGGGGUUGGAAAUCAUUACACCAUGGCUGGCCAAGAAGAUCAUGGGGAACAUAGUCAUUGUGGCUGUUGUUGUUGUUGUUGUUGUUUGUCCUUCAACCUCAAAAAGGUCUGUGACAUCUGGGUGAUAUCAUGACUUGCACUGAAUUGGAUCUAAGUGAGGGAGGGCUGUGCAAGGUCACCAACCACACUCUCUCCUCCAGAGCCAUCUGGGUCCAGUGGAAAGAUAUAUAUCAGGAUGACAGGAGA